CAUUAAUAAAGAGAGAAAGGUUUGAUUUUUAUUUCUCAUCUAAAGCUAAUUUGCCGUUCCAAUGCUAAAAGCAAGGACCUGACUUCUCUCGUUUUGUUUCUUUCUCUCUCUCUCUUUCUUUCUUUCUUUCUUUCUUUCAAUCGAAAUCUCGAUCUGGACGACGAAGAGGAAGAAGAAGAAACCACCAGAUCAGAGAAAAAAAAACAAUGUCUUCGUCGUCGAAGAAACAAACCCUUUUCAUAUCGACACUAAUCAUAUCAUGGUACUCAUCAAACAUUGGUGUUCUUCUCCUCAACAAGUUCCUCCUCUCCAAUUACGGAUUCAAAUUCCCGAUUUUUCUCACAAUGUGUCACAUGUCCGCUUGCGCUAUCCUUAGCUACAUCUCAAUCGUUUUCCUAAAGCUUGUUCCUCUCCAACACCUCAAAUCUCGAUCUCAGUUCCUCAAGGUUGCUACGCUAAGCAUCGUCUUUUGUGCUUCCGUCGUCGGUGGUAAUAUCUCGCUUCGUUACCUCCCUGUCUCUUUUAAUCAAGCCGUCGGUGCUACGACGCCGUUUUUCACCGCUCUGUUCGCUUAUCUUAUGACCUUUAAGAGAGAAGCUUGGGUUACUUAUGGUGCUCUCGUCCCCGUCGUUGCCGGUGUUGUCAUCGCUAGUGGGGGUGAGCCAGGAUUUCACUGGUUUGGGUUCAUUAUGUGCAUUAGUGCUACGGCGGCAAGAGCCUUUAAAUCUGUUCUUCAAGGCAUUCUACUUUCUUCUGAGGGGGAAAAGUUGAACUCGAUGAAUCUGAUGUUGUAUAUGUCUCCAAUAGCUGUCAUUGCUCUUCUUCCCGUCACGCUAGUUAUGGAACCAGACGUGAUCAGUUUGACCUUGACGCUUGCAAAACAACAUCAGUACAUGUGGAUACUUCUUCUAGUUAACUCUGUGAUGGCUUAUUCAGCCAAUUUGUUGAACUUUCUGGUUACCAAACACACAAGCGCCCUCACCCUCCAGGUUCUUGGAAAUGCUAAAGGAGCAGUUGCAGUGGUGAUUUCGAUCUUGAUCUUUCAAAACCCGGUUACGGUUAUGGGAAUUGGCGGGUAUUCCAUAACCGUCCUUGGGGUGGUUGCUUAUGGAGAGACAAAACGCAGAUUUAGAUGAACUUUCAGACAUCCAUUGAAGACACAACAUAGCUUCUCUAUGUUUGUUUCUUCUUUUGUUCAACACUCCUCAUUACUCAUAAUUAGGACCUGAAGUUUUUGGGGAUAUUAAGAGAUGAGAAUUUCUUAGUAGUGAUUUUUUGUAACUAUCAUAUACGCAACUUUAUUAUGUAAUAUGUAUUGGACUAUGUUAGAUCCCAUGAUGAGAGAUAUCAUUUUUUUUUUGGAUGUGUUUA